AUGGAAUUUGACGCCGGAAUUCCGAUGUCCCGAGCUGUCGUCGUCGUCGCUCCGUCUUCGUCGGUUGUGACCGCCGAAGGAACUUCUCUCUCGCCGUCCUUGAACGAAGGUUCAAUGUGGCAAGUUAACUUGAGAUCUAGUGAAGCAAUGGAAGCCGGGCCAUAUCCUGAACGCCCUGGCGAGCCGGAUUGUUCCUAUUAUAUAAGAACUGGUCUCUGUAGAUUUGGGGCCACUUGCCGAUUUAACCAUCCUCCUAACAGAAAGCUGGCUAUUGCUGCAGCAAGGAUGAAAGGUGAAUUUCCAGAAAGGAUUGGACAGCCUGAGUGUCAGUACUAUCUGAAGACUGGAACUUGCAAAUUUGGAGCAACAUGCAAGUUUCAUCAUCCUAAAGACAAGGCUGGGAUAGCUGGAAGAGUUUCCUUGAAUAUUCUCGGCUUCCCACUUCGACCAAAUGAGAUUGAGUGUGCUUACUAUUUAAGAACGGGUCAAUGCAAGUUUGGGAGCACAUGUAAAUUUCAUCAUCCUCAACCGAAUAAUUUAAUGCUUCCAUUACGGGGUUCUCCUAUAUAUCCUACUGUUCAAUCUCCAACAAAUCCUGGCCAGCAAUCCUACCCAGCUGGACUUACAAACUGGUCAAGGGCGUCCUAUAUUACCAGCCCACGCUGGCAAGCUCCUUCCAGUUACACACCCUUAAUCGUACCCCAGGGAGUUGUUUCUGUUCCCGGUUGGAACUCAUACAGUGGUCAGGUGGGUUCAGUUUCAUCACCUGAUAGCCAGCAACAAAGUGGAAAUAGUCAGAUAUACGGUAACUCCCUCCAGAAUGAGACGACGAGUACCGACCCAUACCGUUCUGGUUCAGUCUCUGUUGGAUUUUAUGCAUUGCAGGGGGACAAUGUGUUUCCCGAGAGACCUGGACAACCUGAAUGCCAGUAUUAUAUGAAGACCGGUGACUGUAAGUUUGGUGCAGUUUGUAGAUUUCAUCACCCAAGAGAAAGACUCAUCCCUGCUCCAGACUGUGUAUUGAGCCCUAUAGGCCUCCCCUUACGUCCGGGAGAGCCGCUGUGUAUCUUCUACUCCCGAUACGGGAUUUGCAAGUUUGGUCCGAGCUGCAAGUUCGACCACCCCAUGGGAAUCUUCACAUACAAUCUCUCAGCAUCAUCAUCUUCUGCUGUUGAUGCCCCUGUUCGACGUUACCUGGGGUCAUCUUCAGGACCGGCUUCACUAGCUCUAUCCCCGGAAGGUCUCGUGGAAGCUACAGCGAACUCCGGAAUGCAGAGGAGACUCUCAUUGUCAGAGCCGAGACAGAUGACUUCUUCCGGUGACGAUCAUAACAUUGAUGCAGACGGAUGA